AUGUUCUGCAUCCUGUCUGACUGUCACCUGCUGCUGCUGAACCACCUGGAGGUCCAUCCUCUGCUUCUGGCCGAGAGGGCGGAGACUUGUACCGUCUGGUUGCUAAGAUACACGCUCCAUGUGACCUCGCCGGCGCCUCGUCCCGCCCACAAAGAUGGUCCAGAGAGAGGAGUACGAAGACAGAGCAUGCCCAGUAGCAACGCUCUGGACACACACACCACCAGGGUGACGGGUUUCCUCUCCCGCAGGUUGAAGCAGUCUCUUCGUCGUUCUCACUCUCAGCCCAAACUUUCUCGUCACAGCAGCCUGAGGACGGAUCUGAUCACAGCUGACAGCAGAAACAGGAUCAGCAGGUGUGUGAUGCGGCGGCUGCGUUGCGGUAGCCAGGAGUCGUUGCUAAGCGCCGGCUGUGUGUCGUCUCUGGAGCUCAAGAUGGACCAAUCAGUGAUCAUCAAACCGGUCCACUCCUCCCUACUGGGGCAGGACUACUGCUUCGAGGUAACCACCUCCACAGGGACGAAGUGCUUCUCGUGCCGCUCGGCAGCGGAGAGAGAUAAAUGGAUGGAGAACCUGCGGAGAGCCGUUCACCCCAACAAGGACAACAGCCGGCGUCUGGAGAACCUCCUCACGGUGUGGGUGAUCGAAGCCAAGGACCUGCCCGCCAAGAAACGGUACUUCUGCGAGCUGUGUCUGGACGACAGUCUUUACGCUCGCACGUCGUGUAAACUGAAGACAGACAACAUAUUUUGGGGAGAGCGCUUCGACUUCAGCAGCCUGCCGUCCGUCGGCGCGGUGACGCUUCACCUCUACAAGGACACCGACAGGAAGAGGAAGAAGGACAAGAGCAGCUACGUCGGGUUGGUCAACAUCCCCGUCGCCAUGGUGACCGGCAGACAGCUGGUGGAGAAGUGGUAUUCGGUGAGCACGCCCAGCACCAGCCGAGGUAAGUCUUCAGUUCCCACCGUGAGGAUCAAAGCUCGCUAUCAGAGCAUCGUCAUCCUGCCCAUGGAGCAGUACAAAGAGUUUGCAGAAUACAUCAGCUCCAACUAUCUGCUGCUCUGCAACACGCUGGAAGCCUCCAUCAGCCUGAGGGCCAAAGAAGAGCUCGCUGCUGCUCUGGUUCACAUCCUGCACAGCACCGGCAAGGCCAAGGACUUCUUGACGGACCUGAUGAUGUCAGAGGUGGACCGUUGCCGAGACAACGACCAGCUGAUCUUCAGGGAGAACACGUUGGCCACAAAGAGCAUCGAAGGCUACCUGAAGCUGAUUGGACAGAAGUACCUGCAGGACGCUCUGGGUGAGUUCAUUAAAGCUCUGUACGAAUCCGAUGAGAACUGUGAGGUGGAUCCGUCCCGCUGUGCGACCUCUGACCUCGCAGAGCACCAAGCUAACCUGAGGAUGUGCUGCGAGCUCGCCUUCUGCAAGAUCCUCGAUUCAUACAGGGUGUUUCCACGGGAACUGAAGGAAGUGUUUGCGUCAUGGCGACAGGAGUGCGGUAACCGGGGGCGACCAGACAUCAGCGAGCGUCUCAUCAGCGCCUCGUUGUUCCUGCGCUUCCUGUGUCCGGCUGUGAUGUCACCGUCUCUGUUCGACCUGAUGCAGGAAUUCCCCGAUGAACGCACGGCGCGAACUCUGACCCUCAUCGCUAAAGUCAUCCAGAACCUCGCCAACUUCAGCAAGUUCGGCACUAAAGAGGAGUACAUGCUGUUCAUGAAUGACUUCGUGGAGCGGCAGUGGAGCAGCAUGCAGCGUUUCCUGCAGGAGAUCUCCAACCCAGACGGACUGAAUCACACCGCCGGCUUCGACGGAUACAUCGACCUCGGCCGAGAGCUGUCCAGCCUGCACACCCUGCUGACUGAACUAGACCAGUCCAGCCUGGCGAAGCUCGGCCCUCUUCCUCGCAUCCUCAGAGACGUGUCGGCGGCGCUGGCCAACCCGGGCGGCGUGGUGAAUCCGGGGGGCGUGUGCGUGUCGUCUCCGGAGCCGCAGCGCGUGGUGUCUCCGCCUCCUCUGUCUCCGCCCCUCUCGCCUCCUCUGGCCGCCUGUAAUCCCUCCAUCGGCCUGCAGGGCGGCGUGGGACUGGACGGAGGUUUGGUAGAUUUCACCAGGCUUCCGUCUCCGACUCCGGAGAACAAAGAUUUGUUUUUUGUCACUAAAGGAUCGAGUCUGCAGCCGGCGUCAGGCCGGCAGGGCUCUCCGGCGCCAAGCUCUUCGUACUCUGAACCCAAUGAGAACGAGCCAGGAUUUGAACUGACCAAUGGGGGCCGGAGGGAGGGAGCGGAGCUCACCAAUGAGAGCCGCAGCCUGUCUCUGGUGGACCUGCAGGACUCCUCCCCUAGUGACGGCCUUGACGACGGCCAAUGGCAGCGCAGGACAGGGCUGCUCCCCCUGUCGUUCCAGAACCCAGUGUAUCACAUGACCACCACGUCACCACGGCAACCGCAGCAGCAGGCCGACGCCACACCCUCCGACGGCUCGGUGGGGUCGCAGGGUAACGCCGAGGACAGAAACGCCAUGGCGACCAAACCGGCGUUUCUUACCCAGAUGUCCGUCGGGCUGAGCGGGCCGGAGCGGGGGGAGCGGGGGGAGCGGAUGUCGGCCAUGUCGAGCAGCAGCAGUGGAGAGGAAUACUCCCGCCGAGCGCUGUCACUCACUGACACGCUCACAGGUAGCUCCGCCCCCCCUCGUCAGACGUCAUCAGGUCCUCAGAGACGCAUUGACCAGCCCCCUCCCCCCUCUUCCGCUCCGCCGGGCCCGCCUCGCGGCAGGACACCUCCCAGCAUGCUCAGCGGCGCCGGAGGCUCCGCCUACCCUCCUCGCCCCGCCUCCGGCAGCAUGAUGUCAUCGAGUCCCGAUUGGCCGAGUAGCGGCCAGUCACGGCUCAGACAGACAUCGUCGUCGUCCAAAGGAGACAGUCCCGAAAAACAACGACCCACUACCAAGGCUCCGUCUCCCUGUGCGUUGGACCGUACGGCCGCCUGGCUGCUCAACAUGAACUCUGCUUCGUCCUACGGAGAGGCAGAGGACGAUCGCCAUGACGACACGCUCAUUGAUAAGUAUCAGCAGGAGAUUGCAUUGCUGCAGGAGAAGUUAAGAGUUGCAGCGCUGCGGCAGGAGGAGUGUGAAGCUCGCCUGCUGGUCCAGGAUCAGCAGAACCAGCGUAUGCUGCAGGAGUACCAGGCUCGGUUGGAGGACACAGAGAGCAGACUGAGGAGGCUGCAGGACGAUAAAGACCUCCAAAUGAACAGCAUCAUCAGCAGGUUGAUGGCGGUGGAGGAGGAGCUGAAGAAGGAUCACUCUGACAUGCAGGCUGUGGUCGACUCCAAACAGAAGAUCAUAGAGGCUCAGGAGAAGAGGAUAGUGAGUCUCGAUGCUGCUAACAGUCGCCUGAUGGCGGCGCUGACUCAGCUGAAGGAACGCUACGCGGUGACAUCACAGAGGAACGGCCUGUCGCCUAGCAACACGUCGUCGCUGCAGAUCACCGAGAACGGUGAAUUUCGUAACUCCGGCAACUGCUGA